CAGCUCCGCAUCCGUUGGUCACUCAUCACUCGCCCCACGCCGCGUCGCUCGGCCAUGGCCCACAAGGUCCUCGCAGCCUUUGCCGCCGUCCUCUUCGCAGCCGCACACAGUUGGCGGCGCACGCAGCGCCUUUGGCGAAGAAGCUCGACGCGUCGCAGGCCCUGCAGCUUACCACUCUGGCGGCGCAGCAGGUGCAGCAAGGCGUGCAGGCGAGCCUGCAGGCGGCCAACGACGUGGCGCAGCAGGUGCAGCAGGCCUUCCAGCAGGGCGUGCAGGCGGGUUUGCAGACUGGCCAGCAGAUCGCGCAGGUGGUUGCGGGCUUCCUCCCGUCGUUCGGCUGAGCGGCUCGGCGCGGGCGGUGCCGGCGCCAGGCGGGGGCCACGCUGCCAAAACACAUAUUAACAAAACACAAAUUCUACAUAAUAAAUAAAUUCAUCCGGCAAACAUUUCAUGCGCACUGGUAUAUUCCCAACUCUCAACUUCACAAUGAACUGGAAACAGAAACUAUCCACUCCCUAAUUCCUACACAAAGCCUUACGUUUUUG